UAGACCUCAGUGCCUUCUGUGCGCUCGAACCGAGAGAACAGCCUCCAGCCUCUCCCCAAAAACCUCAUAAUGGUUAUUAGAGUGUUUCUGGCCUCUUCCUCAGGAUCGACGGCGAUCAAAAAGAAGCAGCAGGAUGUGGUUGGGUUCCUGGAAGCUCUAAAAAUUGAAUAUGCACCGCUUGACAUUGCUUCAAAUGAAGAAAAUCGCAUGUGGAUGAGGGAGAAUGUUCCUGGAGAAAAGAAGCCCUCCAAUGGAAUCCCACUCCCACCUCAGAUCUUCAAUGAGGAUAACUAUUGCGGGGACUAUGACACAUUCUUUGACGCCAAAGAGGACAACUCAGUUUAUGAAUUCCUGGGUUUGACCCCUCCACCAGGCUUCAAGAAAGAGGCAAUCACAGAAGAGGAACAGAAUGAAAAUACGCCUGCGGUGACUUCACCAGGGGAGAGGGGAGGAGAAGAGAAUAAGGAAGAGGUCGUAGCACAGGUGGCACAGGACGAGUCUUCAGAAGAGCCUAAAGAGGAAGAGGAGGCAAAAGAAGACGGUGAAGAUGCAAAUGAAGCAGAAGUAGUACAAGACAGUAAAAUGGAAUAUGCAGAGGAAGAAGGCGAGGAAGGUGAAGUUGAAGAAGAAUACGAACAGGAAGAAGAAGAGGUGCAGGCAUCAGAGGAGGAAGAAGAGGCUGAGGACUGAGGAUGGGACACAGAGGAUCAGGACAAUUAAGAUUUUUGGCUUCACAAAUAUUGACUCCCACCCACCAUGACAGCCUCUGCUUGAAGACCAUGAAGAUGUUUUGCACACAUUUCCAACACCGUGGUCCUGGAGUGCGUAUUCACACGGACAAUUUCAGGAAUUUGGACAUGAACACUAACACCACCGAACAUGAAUGAACCAGCUGUUUUCCUUCCUCUUUAAAAUACUUUGUCUUUUUUUUUUAACUACGAUGAAUUCAAAGUAAGGAAAUUUUGUAAUAUCUAAAGGCUUAAUGGUUAAGCAUAUGUGCAAUGGCAUUGCUCUUCUUGGUGCCAUAAUGCAUGUUUUAUGUUUAGAAUAAUUUACUCCUGUUGUACACCAGUAAAGUAAUCACCAGUAGUGUGUAACUGUAACCCGGCUGGCCAACAAUGUGAAUACUAGAACUGCUCUUUCAAAUUACUACUUGUUGUUUUAUAAUGAUUUAACUAUGUAUAUGAGUUAAAAAAAAAAAAAUGUCAUUACAGGCUUUAUACCGUUAUGAAGGACAACAUUAAUAGGAGCAUUGGUAUUGUUGCAUCAUUUCUAUCCCUUCAUGAAGGCUUGGUUUGCAGGGCUGCAGCUAGGUGCCACUAAUAAGGUCUGUUUUCCAGAAGAUCAUACAGAUUAGGUUAUUCCUGAAGAUGCAGAACAUCCAAACCUAGUCUUAAUCUUUGGAAAACAAAUCCCUCUAUUAUUUAACAAGGGCUUCUCUCUUCGUGUAUCUCCAUCUCCAUUUGCUUUGCCAUGCAAGUUCCGCCUGUAGGCUGCUAUAGUCACGUAUGAACUGAAAAGCACUUUUGUUUAACAUGAAUUGUUGAAAAUAUCUGAAUGCCAUUAAAAAGUCUAUGGCAUAA